AUGAGGACCUCCCUGGCAUCACUCAUCCUCGCCGUCGUUCCCGCCCUCGCGGCGGCGAGCGGCAUGGCCCGCGGUGCCAACCCAGAAUUCAUCGAGGGCAAGUAUAUAAUCCAGCUGAAGCCCGGAACAAGCCCAGAAGCCGUCACCACACACCACAACACGGUGCGCAGCCUCCUGCGGCGGCGCGAUGGCUCCGCCGGCUCUCUGGACCGGACCUUCCAGAUCGGAGACAACUUCAGCGCCUACAGCGGGCGCUUCGACAACGCCACCAUCGCCGCCAUCCAGGGGCUGGACGAGGUCCUUGCCGUCGAGCGAGACCAGGUGGUCCGCGUCGCCUGGGCCGGCGAGGAGGAGGAGGAGGAGGAGAAGGAGGAGGACACGUCGACAGCUUUCCUGCCACAGUCAUGGUGGCCAUGGCGGCCGCGCCGCAGCCUGACGACGCAGACCCGCAGCACCUGGAGCCUGGGCGACCUGUCGCACCGCAGUGCCGGGUCCACUGAGUACGUGUACGACAGGACCGCCGGGGCGGGGACGACGGCGUACGUGAUUGACACGGGGAUCCGGCUGUCGCAUGCCGAGUUCGAGGGGAGGGCCAGCUUUGGCUACAGCGUCCUGACUGGGUCGACCGAGCCAGUUGGCGACGAUUAUGACACAGAAGUCGGGCACGGCACUCACGUCGCUGGUAUCAUCGCCGGCAAGAGGUUUGGCGUGGCGAAGAAAGCCAAGGUUAUUGAUGUCACGAUCAUGGGGAGUGGCGGUGGCUCGAUCGAAGCCGUCCUCGCCGGCAUCGCAUGGGCCGUCAACGACAUCAAGUCCAAGGGCACCGAGAGUAAAUCAGUCCUGAACCUGUCCCUCACGAGCCCAAAAUCUCAAGCGCUGGACAACGCCGUUCUGGCGGCCUACAACGAGGGGAUCCUCAGCGUCGCGGGAGCCGGCAACUCCAACAAACCGGUGCGCGGCAUCUCACCAGGCAGCCUGCCCCAGGCCUUCACAGUCGGCAUGACGCAGCGCGACCGCGCCCGCGGCCAACUCCGCGAGGGCCUCGAGGGCAGCAACUACGGGCCCGAGCUCGACGUCUUCGCGCCGGGGUUAGACAUCGCCAGCGCGAGCGCCCGCGCCGACGACGGCGUCUCUACCAAGACGGGCACCAGCAUGUCCACGGCGCUCGUCUCCGGGCUUGUCUGCUACCUCCGCGGGCUGGAGGGCGGCCUUGGGACUCCGGAUAUGGUCACGGGCCGGAUCCUCGAGUUGGCUAUCCCGGACGCUGUUGCGGACCCUAAGGGCUCGCCGAACUUGUUGGUCAACAAUGGGAGUGGCCGCUAA